AUGGCCAAGUUCAUUAUUGCCACAGGUCUGGUGAUUGUUCUAAAUGCUCAGUUAGGUUCUGCCUACCAGCUGAUGUGCUAUUAUAAGGGGGGGUCCAAGGACCGUCCUGGUGUGGGAGGUUUCAAACCCAGUAACAUUGAGCCUUUCUUGUGUACUCACCUGAUCUAUGCAUUUGCUGGGAUGCGGAACAAUGAGAUCACCGUGAUAAGUAAGGAGGACUUGGAAGAGUACAAAGAAUUAAAUGAUCUGAAAACCAGAAACUUGGAGCUGAAAACUCUCCUGGCCAUUGGAGGCUGGGACGUUGGAUCUGAUCAGAAAGUUUUAUACAUGUUCAGUGCCAUGGUCUCUACUCCUCUGAACCGUCAGACAUUCAUAAAGUCAGUCAUUACACUGCUGCGCCAGUCUGACUUUGAUGGACUGAAUCUGGACUGGCGGUAUCCUGGGUCUCGUGGAAGCCCAUCUAAGGACAAGCAUCUCUUCAGUGUCCUAUUGGCCAAGGACAGACUCUCCAGAGGCAGGCUUCAGGCAGAGGGGGGACUGUCCCCUCUCCUUUUGCUUGAGAUUUCUGUGGUUGGAUAUGACUCAACCCUACAAUGAUUCUUAGAACUUUCAUCUUUUUUCAGGUUCCUUGAUUACAUUCAGGUUAUGACUGAUCUUCAUAGCUCACAGGAUGGCUAUACUGGAGAAAACAGUCCCCUCUACAAAUCUACAUUUGACCAAGGCAUUAAUGCCUACCUCAAUGUGGAUUACAUCAUGAGCUACUGGAAGAAAAAUGGGGCAUCUCCUGAAAAACUCAUUGUUGGAUUUCCAUCAUAUGGACACAGCUUCCUCCUGAGUGAUCCCUUUGACACUGGAAUUGGUGCCCUUACCAUUAGUGCUGGCCCACCAGGGAAGUACACAGGGAAAACAGGAUUGAUGUCGUACUAAGAGAUUUGCACCUUCCUGGAUGAUGGAGCCACUGAAAAAUGGACGACUAUCAUAGCUGUGCCCUAUGCUUUUCAGGAUAGAAAGUGGGUUGGCUAUGACAAUGUCCAGAGCUUCCUGAUGAAGGCUCAGUGGCUUAAGGAGAGCAAUUUUAGUGGUGCCAUGGUCUGGUCACUGGAUAUGGAUGACUUCACUGGUUCUUUCUGUAACCAGGGCAAGUUUCCUCUGAUCUCUAACUUAAAGAAAGCUCUUGCUGCCCAGAGUCCAGGUCUGGCACGUGCACUGAAUGCCCAGUUGGGUUCUUCCUACAAGUUAAUGUGCUGGUACAACAAUGUGGCCAAGGACAGGCCAGGAGGUGGCAGGUUCAGUCCUGCCGAUAUUGACCCAUGCUUGUGUACUCACCUCAUCUACGCCUUUGCACAUAUACAGAACAACAGGAUCAUUCCAGGAAGAGGGGACUUGACUGACUAUGAAACUUUAAAUAACCUGAAAAACAGGAACACUGAGCUGAAAACUCUCCUGGCAGUUGGAGGUGAAUAUAUCCUUUUUUCACUCAUGGCAUCCACUCCUGAGUUCCGUAAGAUUUUUAUCAAUUCAGCUAUUGACUUACUGUACAAGCAUAACUUUGAUGGGCUGAACUUGGACUGGCAGUUCCCUAGGUCUCCUGAGGACAAGAAACACUUCACUCUCCUGCUGCAGGAAAUGCAUCAAGCUUUUCAGCAGGAAUCUGAGAAGAGCAGCAAGCCAAAGCUGUUGGUCACUGCUACAGUAGCUGGUGUCAUUUCCACCAUUGAGUCUGCCUAUGAAAUCCUCCAGUUGUCUCAGUUCUUGGACAAUAUCCUGGUCAUGACCUAUAAUCUUCAUGACUAUAAGGAGAGACAAACUGGAGAAAACAGCCCGCUCUUUAAACUCCUUACUGAAACUGACACCUCUCUCAAUGUGGGUUACAUCAUGAAGUACUGGGAGAAAAAUGGUGCUGCAGCUGAUAAGCUGAUUGUUGGCUUCCCAACAUUUGGACAAACUUUCUCCUUGAUGUACCCCCCUAAUCAUGGAAUUGGUGCUCCAGCCAUAGGCCCUGGCACUCCAGGCUCCUACACAAACCAACCUGGGAUCCUGGCCUACUAUGAGGUUUGUGGCUUCCUGGAAAAAGGAGCCACUCAGCUUUGGGAAAAUUCUCAGCAAGUUCCCUAUGCAUAUUACAACAAUGAUUGAGUUGGGUAUGAGAAUAUCAAGAGCUUCUCUCUGAAGGCCAACUGGCUUCAGCAGAAUGGCUUUGCAGGUGCCAUGAUCUGGGACCUUGGCAUGGAUGACUUCAGUGGCUCUUUCUGUAACCAGGGCAAGUUCCCUCUGACCUCUGAGCUGAAGAAAGCCCAAAGGGUGUCUAGUACAAGUUGCAUGUCCUCUGUUUCCGGGCUGCAUCAGUUUGAAAACACCAGGGAGGUGCAUCUCCCAGUCCUUGUUCUGGAGGUUGUGGUCUCUUUAGGCACCUACCAGUGUAUUUCCAAAAGUGAAGUUUCACGGAGAGUGGCAGGGAGAUGGUACCGCCCCUCCCGGAUGGACUUGCAGUUGAGCGCCCUCUGUCACCUCAAGCCUCAGAGCACACGGGGUAGGGUGGGGAGCUUGGAACAGUGGCCAGCCCAGGUGCGCCAGGGGUUCGGCAGGCUCCCGGAAGGUGUGCUGUCCUGCCCAACCCCCAUCCCCGCGCCGCCCGCGUGA